AUGGAAAGCUCAGAAGAUGGUGCUGCCCAUGCGGAGCCUCCUGAUGCUGAUGUUUUGGAGGUUGAUCCAACUUGCCGAUAUAUUCGGUUGCUUACGUCAGAAUUGAUUCUGACCCUUUCUGAUCUCCUCCCUGGACGUCCCACGUGGCGAAAGGUUUUAGCCUUUUACAGAACCCCAGAGUUUAUGGCACCUGAGCUGUACGAUGAGAAUUACAAUGAGUUGGCUGAUAUAUAUUCAUUUGGGAUGUGCAUGUUAGAGAUGGUUACAUUCGAGUAUCCUUACAGUGAAUGCAGAAACUCUGCUCAGAUAUAUAAGAAGGUCUCAUCUGGAAUAAAGCCUGCUGGGUUGUCUAAAAUUAAAGACCCAGAAGUUAAACUAUUUAUUGAGAAAUGCUUGGUCCCAGCAUCUCAAAGGUUGUCAGCAAAGGAGCUCCUGAACGACUCUUUUCUACAAGUGAAUGGUACAGCAAAGAAUCGUCCUUUGGCACUUCCUGAUAUUGUUAUGCCAAAAGAGGGAGCCUUCGGAGAUCGUUGUUUGAUGUCAGAAGGACCUGCUACUGCCCGAAAUAAACCCCUCUCAAUGGAUCUUGAUAAUGAUGGUGACCUGCCAGUUAUUAUGUCUUAUGAUAACUCAGUUGAGGGGAUGUCACACUCUCUGUGCAUUGAAGUUCGAAGGGUAAAGAGAGGUCACUUUUUUCUGUUAAAAGGCCAGGAAAAUGAUGAAAACUCUGUGUCCUUAAUUCUUCGAAUAGCUGAUGAAAAUAGCCGUGUGAGGAAUAUUCAUUUUCUGUUUUACCUCGAUAGUGAUACUGCCCUUUCAGUUUCAAGUGAAAUGGUUGAGCAGCUUGAACUAGCUGAUCAGAAUGUCACAUUCAUAGCAGAAUUGAUAGACUUGUUAUUACUGAACCUAAUUCCAAGUUGGAAACCUUGUGUUCCAGUCAAUCAUCUGGUUCCUUCAAACGUAAACCGAAACUCUGGGGGAUAUCAGAAGGAUACUCAGUUGCAAAAACACGGAGGAAGUGUGGGAUCAUUUCAAAGUGCGUAUGAAUCCCUAAACCAUUUCCCAAGUAUUAGUCAUUUUGAUGGAUCAAGUCAGUCAACAAAGCAAGAUGCUGGUGCUGCCAAGAGUGAUGAGAGAAUGUCUCAUGAUUUUGGUCAUCCACAAACGAAUGUGACAGAAGAUCAGGGUUCUGAUAUGUCAUAUGUUUCUGUGUCAUCUAAUGAAUGGAAUGGUAAGAGGCACUCAAUUAAUUCAUAUAUGUCUGCCGAAUCAGGACCCUUGGACUCUGAUGGAUAUGGAUUGAAGGGUGGCACUAUAGACUAUUUGUCUGGAGUUGAAAUAGAUCCAUCUGCGAACGAAAGAAAUCAAUUUAUGCACCCAACAGAAAUUUCCCUGUUAGAUAAGAAUGAAAGUGAAGAGUUGGCGGUGGAGCUGGAAACUAUUGAACUGGAAUAUCAGGAAGCCAUUAAAGAAAUAUGUAGGAGGAAGACUGCUGCUAUCUUGGAGACAAGAAGAAGGUUGUCAGAUAAAAAAAUAGAAACUGUUGUCUAGCUCAUUUUCAUUCAUUUUCUUGCUAUUUUUUCUCUCUUUUUUUUGGCUGAAAUCGCCCUUGCAAGUGUAUAAAGUUUCUUGAUCUUCUAGGGAGAGAAUUUUGUUUCAUUUUAUUUUGGUUUGACAGUAGGAAGAGAGAGUCAAAUGUAAUGAAAGACAUUUGCUCUGUUUGAAGUAGUUUAGGCUACCCAAUCGCUCAAUGCAUUUUUUUUUUUUUUUGAAAGAGAGAUUACAGUGGAUGGUACAAUGAGUGAUGAAUAAUCUUUUAUGAAGAUCAUUACAAGUAA